UGAUCUUUAGUGACAUCUGUUAAUAAUGACUUUCAAUAAUCAUUGGUCGAUUCCACACUAACUCGGCAACUCAUUGGUCGAUGAAAAUAAUCCCUAAUCACACGUUCUUUGCCUUCUCUUUGAAAGAGUCGCCAUUUUUGAUGCGUGUUGACUUCAAAGAACGUUUAUAGGGAGACUUAGAGAUCAAAAAUAACUUAAAAUGGGUGAAAAUCCUGGCGGAGUUCGAUUCCGCUCGUUCGUCCAUCACCCGAUUAUCAAUGAAGACGGCACAGAAACUCCAAACUUGGUGCAGGGAAGUGGGAUCGAUUUGCCUUCAAACAUUCUAUUGUCCUCGAUUGCGGCAGAUGUACUGAGCGAUAUGUUCCAGAAAGGGGAGAUCGAGGGAAAAAUUAUAUUGAAAGCUGAUAAUGCAAAAGUUUUCAUUCAACUGMGAGACAAUUGGAAGCCACAUCCACUUUCUGACUAUACAAAUGACAGUAAUCAAGAUGUCACACUACAGGAUGCAUUUGGCGAAAUCUUACAUGUCAAAGAUUCCCAGAUGAGCAUUCAUGUUCAUCUGUGUCAUGAAAGAGAUUGGAGUGAAGACCGAGUUCGUAAUACAAUCAAGAAACUUCUUGAACAUUAUAGUCAAACACAUCUGGAACGGAUGCAAUGUCCUUUUUCACAGGGUAUGUUAUCUCAAAUUUCACGUGAUCAAUAUCCAUGCCGUCUGUCAACUGACAAGAUCAAGCACUUUGGUGCAUGGUAUGAGCGCUCUAACUUAGCCGAUGAAGAUGAUCCAGACUCACUCUCACCUAAAAAACCUGAAAUAUCAACACAAAGAGGRAAGAAGAUUGUUUUUAGUCCCGCUCAUGAAAUUCCAAUGUUGCGUUCAUGGUAUGAAAAUGACCCUAAACCCAAUAUGGCAGAACUGAGCAGAUUUACAGAAAUUUUAAACAACUCUGAGUUUAGGAAAACACGGGAAGCAGUAAGCCUUAGACACGUUAAUACUUGGUUUAAAAAUGAGCGUGCUCGCUGGCGUAGAGAUAGCCUUAUACAAGACCUGUCAAGACCAUCAAUGGCAGUGGAAACUAUGGUAGUCACGACAAGCUAGAACUUAUCAAAUAAUAGAUUUAUUUAUUGUAUCUACAUCCAGAGUUGUAUAUUAGAUAUUUGUACAUGAGGAAGUUUUUUUAUUUUUUUGUUUUUGUUGUUUGAUUUGCAAACUUUCAGUCAAAUCUAGUUCAUGUUUUGCACUUCUAGUUUUAGGGUCCAGUUUAGAUAAGGUUUUCAGCUCAUACAGUAUACAUUGGGAGGAUAAAUCUGGGGGGUGCAGGGAGUAUGCACAUCCUCAAGAGCCCCUGUACCCUUUAAUACUUCCACCUAUUUUGUGUUCCCAUUGCGUGGUGUGGACACCCUCCUAGAAAGACCUGCACCCCCCUGAAGGAAAUCCUAAAUCUGCCCCUGACUCAUUUAGCUGGGUUCUCAAAGUUCAGCUAACACAAUUUGGUCUUAAAUACUGGUCUGUGGUUGUUAUAUUAAUUAUUAUUUCUGGAUUAAUUCUAAUUUCUUAUGAUUUUGUGGUAUAUUUUACUAGUAUUAUUAUUAAUUUAAUCAGAGUUUCAUAUAUAUAGUAUAAAACUACCGUAUCUAUAUAAUAUUAUACUUACGUAGGCAAAUCAAGGAAUUAUUAUAUAUGGAAUUAUUAUAUUUUAACAAAUAGUUUAACCUAGAAGAUYUCUUGUGUUUAUUUUUGCAAAUUGAUGAGAUAAUAGUCAGUAUUAUAUUAAUGUUUUAUGUUUUGAUUACUCAUCACAAUUGAACGUGUUCCUGAAUGAAAAAACUAUUUUCUCAAGAAAGGAGAUCUUGUGAGAAAAUAUGAUCAGAAAGGGAGAGUAUUGAGAUUUUUAGUAUAAAUUUAUCUUAUUGUAUUGCUGGGCUGCCUGUGCUUUGUGCUAUCUUGAUUUUUCAAUAAUCUUUAUGAAACAUAAUACUUGAUAUUAAAAUAUUCAAAGACAUUACUUAGUU